AUGGAGAUAAUUUUUCAGUUGUCUGGAGAACCCCCCAAGUAUAAUAAAAAAGAGAUGUGUACUCUUGAACUCCACCACUUUGGUAUGUUGGAGAAUGGCGUGUAUAAGGGACGCAAAAAAAUUGGGAUAGAUCUUGGAUACAAAGUUGAUAUAACACAAAGGGUUACAAGCUUAAAAGUUUACUAUAAAGGGCUUGCAAAAAGUGGUCAGCAUGUUGUGAAUGAGGUUGUAAAUGAUAGUUGUAUUCCAGGGUUGGUUGGGAGCAUUUCAUCAGAUCAGGUAUUGGUGUUGUAUUACCAUGAUCCUACUCAUAACAAAGAGCUAGAGAGUGAAGAUAAAGGGCAACAACAGCACAGUGAAGAUGUUGGCAAUGAAGAUGAAUAUAAAGAGGAAGAGGAGGAUGUUAUUGUUGACAGUGAUUAUGAAAUAAGUGAAGAAGAAGAAAAUGGUAAUAAAGAGGCUGCAUCAAGAGCACAACCAAGGAACGAUGAAUAUGAAGAGGAAGAGGAGGAAGAGGAGGAUGUUAUUAUUGACAGUGAUUAUGAAAUAAGUAAAGAAGAGGAAUAUGGUAAUAAAGAGGCUGCAUCAAGAGCACAACCAAGGAACGAUGCACCAAAUGAUGAAUAUGCACAAUGUUUUGAAGAGAUGAAUGAAAUGCCUCUUAAUGAAGCUACAUGGGAGAUAUCAGAUGAUGAUUAA